AAUGCACCGCAUACAUCGGCUGAGCAGCCAGAGACGAGAACAACGGAGCAGCCUUGUCAACCCAAAUAAACCGGCUGGAUAAACGCUAUUUAACGGGUUUAAAAUAGCAGGGAGCGAGUUGGCGAUAGUCUUUGCUUAUUUGAAACAUUACAGGGUAGUUCAGGGCGGAUGCAGCGGUGAUAGCCUCUCCUAGCGGCAGCUGGUGGCGGUGCUUUUUAGCAUCAGCUAGCCGGUUAGCAGGUUUGGACUGACGGGGGGGGGAAGCUGUGUGAAAAGCUGCUGGUAACACGAACAAAGGGAAGGAAAUAUAUAACCUUAUAUAUUUAAAAAAUACUUUAAAGUUGAAUUUAUAUCUGCUUUUACAGAUAGUCGUACGUAAAAAGCCAGUUAGGUUGUCGAGACUGACGUUAGCCAACUUAACUCAGCCAUUGUUUAGGUGGUCUCAGGCUAACAUCUGUAAAUACUGGCUUUAGGGAGCUUUAGAUAACAGAUCGAUCAAACACAAUGAGCUCUGAGGAGACUGCACCGUCCACUAAAUCCACUCCGGAGGAUGAUGGCAUGACAUGGUGGUACCGAUGGCUCUGCAAAAUAGCUGGGAUUUUGGGAGGAAUAUCCUGUGCCAUCGCAGGAGUGUGGAACUGUGUCACUGUGAACCCUUUAAACAUUGCUGCUGGAGUAUGGAUGGUGUUGAAUGCCUUCGUGCUGUUCCUGUGUGAGGUCCCAUUCUGUUGCCAGUUCAUAGAGUUUGCUAAUGCAGUAGCAGCCCGUGCAGACAAACUCAAACCCUGGCAGAAAGCCUUCUUCUACUGCGGGAUGGCUCUGUUCCCCAUAAUAUUGAAGUUCUCCUUUACAACCUUGUUUGGAAAUGCCAUCGCCUUUGCUACAGGAGUUCUGUACGGCCUCGCGUCCUUAGGCAAAAAGGGAGAUGCAGUGACUUACGCCAGACUGCAGCAUCAGAAACAGGGGGAUGAAGAGAGGAUGACAGGAACAACAAAUGGCGCUCCAGAGUGAGGCUUCUGCCUUUCCGCCCUCCUCUUUUCUUCAGUUCUUAUAGAUAAAGUUUUUUCCAAGUCCUCCAUCCAUCCUACCUCUCCCUCCAUGCCCCGUUCCUCUCCUAUUUCUGUCACUACAUAACAAUGGUACUGGGUUAUUUAUUUACUUAAACUGCUGCAUUCUUGUUACCUGACCUAAUAGUAUCCAAACAGAUUGAUGUUGGAUUCAGUCCAUUACUUGGUACCUGGAGUGUAAAUGGGAUCUCUCAUUGUGAUGCGAUACCUUAGAUUGUACGUUUUGUUUUUAUGUUUGUACUUCUUCUUAAGGGUCAUAUUUAUUAUUUGUUUCCCUUUGUUGGUUGUUGCAGUUGUAAACCCUAUUUUGCAGGAAAAAUGUGAGGUACAUCUCUGUAGCCCAAGAGCCUUUCAGGAAAUCCGAAAGGAAAUAAAUGUGAUUGUAAAAUGUACAUAAUUGACUUCAGGUGACUUUGAGGCUGUGAUUCAGAGUUGUGUGCUUUAGGACGGGGUAAAGGUAAGCCAAAUGAUACUUCGGUUGGGUGUGUCAUCCUGUUUUUUGCAGCAACAUUUGUAUUGAUCAUUCUGUAACAAGUACAAAGCGAAACCGACAUGGAACCUAGAUAGAUUGUUCUUUAUAUUCUUUGUAUUUUUUUGCCAGUGUGAAUGUAAACUAGGUCUUCAGUUGCAUUCAUAAUGGUCUCAAAAUGUCUUAAAUUGAACCUGAUGGAAAUCCUUCUAAUUCUGCCUUUAAGUGGUGAAUGUAUAAAUGCUUCAUAGAAGAGAAAACAUGCUAUGGUAACAGUGAAAACCAGUCCUAUAAAAGUUUCCAUCUAACUAAACUUUUUAAGUCAAUACAGACUGGAAUAGAGGACCAAGUUCUACUAAAGGCUGACUUUUAAUCACAAUUAUUACCCAAUUUAAUGACAAGAAAUCACAAAUCUGUAAAUAACCACGUUUUUCACAUCUGAGUUGUUCUAUUAUGAGUCAGCCCAACAUUAUGAUUAUUAAAUAUUGGGAAUCUGAAAAGAAAAAGAAUAAUUUUGGUGUUUCAGUAUUACACCCACUGUGCAUGCACAACUCUGAAUUGCAGCCCAAAUGCAUUUUUAAACAUACAUAGGCAUUAGGGACAUUUUGUAACAUUGGGGGAAUGUAUCUGGUAUGCCCAAAGAUAGAUCUUUAUUUUUGUUUUAUGCUUUCUUAUAUUAUUUUUUCAGUUGCUUUAAGCUCAGUUGCGGCAUUCCUGCACUAAACUUUUGGUACAGAGGGAAUUUCAUCAAAAGCUUUACAGUGCAUAGGACAGCUUGUUUACGUAUAGUUCCUCAUGAUCCAGCAGCCAGUAGCCAAGUUGUGGCUGCAGAUUUUGUGGCACAAUAUGUAAUGAAAAAUUGGAAUGUGUGACUAUUUGUUCUCCUGUUUAAAACAUACCUUUUUUUGUUUUAGAAUCGGUUACUGAAUAUCUGUUUUUAUUAUGAAUCUUAAUUAGAACACUCUACCAGAACCCAUUAAAAUUUAAUGAGGGGAUGUGUCUUGAUUCAGGGACUAAUUGGUCUGUAUCCCACACGAUCAUCAGAGCCAUGGUUUGCCUUUAUCACUCAAAUGAGGUAUGCAGUGGUGAGCAAUGUACGUUUUGUUUUUGUGUUUUGUUGCCUUGCCUCUGUUGUGUCAUUGGUAAUAAGGAUGCUUUGGGAAUAACUGUUUACACGUACCUCUUACAGCUAUUUCUAUCUUAAUUCUAUUACUGACUGGUCAGUAAGACUGAGUGGAUUAUUUACACAUUACCACCAGCUCUCAGGUAUCAUACUUAAAUUCACAGCAUUGAGAUACACAGUAGUUUAUGCAUAGAUCAUAGAUAUAUGGUAACUACCACAUAGUAAGCAUGACUCUAUGCAUUUAACAUUUAAAACAUGCACAACCAGUGUUCACAAGUGAUUAAACACUACUACACCAGCAGUAUGCUACAGUUUGACACUACAAUUGUAAUAAGAUGAUAAUGAAAACCACCAUUUCCUUGUCCACGCCCAUCCAGAUUUCAUUUCUUACAGUGACAUGCAUCUGUGACUCAUGAUUUGAUUGAUUUUACAUCUGCAGGUGUUGAAUGCAUGUUUUGCUGUAAGGGAUAUGUGUAUAAUGUGUGUUGUGAUGUGAAUCCUAAACCUGUUAUAAAAUAGUGAAUUAAACAAACUUGCUACUA